AUGUUAUUACUAUGGUUUGAACUUAUUUUAUAUCUUCAGUUAAUAUCAGAACUAGCGAAAUAUAUCUAUAUUAUGCUAAAUAUUCUUAAAGAGAUCUGGAUAUUUCUUGCUUUUAUGAUUCUUGUGAUAGCAGGAUUGGCACAUAGUUUUUUAUUAUUGUUACAAUAUCCUGACUUUAUAAAUAUUACAGAAUUAACAUCACUAUCCACAUUAUAUACAGGUGAUUCUAACUUCAAAAUUCAAAAAGAUUUUGAUCGAACCGAAGAUAAUCCAUCUAAACUUUCUAACUAUUUUACAAAACAUGUUUAUUGCUUUUACAGAGGUGUGUAUUCUAAUGCAUUUGAGAAAGGUCGUGUUGCUUUACUACGAUUUCGUGCAGUUUCAAUUUCUGAUUAUGAGGCAUUAGACGAGAUAUAUUUUUAUCCUCCGACACCAGAACCAGAAUAUAUUUAUUAUAUUGGUAAAUCAAAAAGUCAUGAAAACUGGGAUGAGAAUGUUAAAAAACUUGAUAAAGCUUAUAGUAAGAUAGAAGAGAUAGAAGGUACUAGUGUUAAGCUUAAUAAUGAGGUUGUUGAAUUGGACAAGCAAAGUUGA